UUCCAAGUGGCUCGGAGUUGGGAACGGAAGUUCAUUUACUGAUCAGAGAGGGCCCUGAGAGGCCGCGCUGCUCCUUCUCCUGCAUUCACUGGGCAGUCUUGCUCUGCAAGUGCAGUUGCAGGCAGUUCGGGAGCACACGCCCCAGACCUGCCGCCCGCCGCUUCUGUGCCUCUGCAUCUGCCACCGUGGGUCCCAAGUUCCAGCGACUCCUGUCCCACACUCCCCGCUUUGCUCCCCGUGUGUCCUGAAGAAAGGGGACCUGCUCCCGAGAUUUUCCACGGUGAUGAUAGCAUUUGAAGACCUGGCUGUGUACUUUAGCUUGGAGGAAUGGCAGAACAUGAACAAUGCUCAGAAAACCCUAUACAGAGAUGUGAUGCUGGAGACCUACAGCAGCCUCUUCUCCUUGGGGCACUGCAUUACCAAACCUGACUUGAUCUUCAAGUUGGAGCGAGGAGCAGAGCCAUGGAUGGUGGAAGAAUGCCUGAAUCAGAGCCUUCCAGUGGUCAUGAAAAGGGAUGACCUGAUUAGGAUCAACCAGGAAAGUCAGGACAAAAAUCUGAAUCAAGAUUUUAUGAAAAAUAACAAGACAUCAGCUCUCAAGAGAGUUGAAUUAAGAAAAACCAUUAGUUUAAAUUCAAGCCAUAUUCCAACACUGAUUGUUAAAAAGGGAACCUAUUCACGAUUGAAGCCCGAGGAAUUCACGAGAUGUCACACUGUGUAUCUCUACAGUGGACCUGAUCAACUACAGGAUGGAGACAAAUUUGAUAACACUAAGAUACCUGGAAAUUCUCUCCAGUUCUGUGAGCCUUUUGGUCAGCAUGACAAGAUUCACAUCAUGAAGCAGCCAUUUGGAACCACUGCACAAGCAAAAUUCUUCACAAGAAAGAUGCUCUGUAAAUCUGAGAGGGUUCAUAUGGCAGAAAACUGUAAUAAAUCAACUGUCACUUUUGGAAAAGUAACUCAAAUAGAAAAAGCUAUCCAUGAAAAUCCUAGCCUCAAUAUGUAUCAACAAACUCACACAGGAAAGAAAUUUUAUAAGUACAUUAGCUAUGUUGAACCUGUCAUUCACCAAUCACAUCUUGCAAUAAAUCAGAGACUAAAUACAAGGGGAAAAUUCUCUACAUGUAAACCUUGUGAAAAUUCACUCAGUUUUAAUUCACCUUAUGAAUGUAAUGGACACAAGUCAGACCUCAUCAUACACCAGCAAAUUCACACAGGAGAGAAACCUCAUAAAUGUAAUGACUGUGGAAAAGCCUUUGGACGAAAGUCACACCUCAUCAUACACCAGCGAAUUCACACAGGGGAGAAACCUCAUAAAUGUAAUGACUGUGGAAAAGCCUUUGGACGAAAGUCACACCUCAUUAUACACCAGAGAAUUCACACAGGGGAGAAACCUCAUAAAUGUAAUGACUGUGGAAAAGCCUUUGGGCACAAGUCAUACCUCCUCAUACAUAAGCGAAUUCACACAGGGGAGAAACCCCAUGAAUGUAAUGACUGUGGAAAAGCCUUUGGACACAAGUCAAUCCUCAUGAAACAUCAGCAAAUUCACACAGGAGAGAAACCUCAUAAAUGUAAUGACUGUGGAAAAGCCUUUGGACGAAAGUCACACCUCAUCAUACACCAGAGAAUUCACACAGGAGAGAAACCUCAUAAAUGUAAUGACUGUGGAAAAGCCUUUGGACACAAGUCAGUCCUCGUCACACACCAGAGAAUUCACAUGGGGCAGAAACCUCAUAAAUGUAAUGACUGUGGAAAAGUCUUUGGGCAAAAGUCACACCUCAUCAUACACCAGCAAAUUCACACAGGUGAGAAACCUCAUAAAUGUAAUGACUGUGGAAAAGCCUUUGGACACAAGUCAUACCUCCUCAUACAUCAGCGAAUUCACACAGGGGAGAAACCUUAUAAAUGUAAUGACUGUGGAAAAGCCUUUGGACGAAAGUCAUACCUCAUCAUACACCAGCGAAUUCACACAGGGGAGAAACCUCAUAAAUGUAAUGACUGUGGAAAAGCCUUUGGACACAAGUCAAACCUCAUGAAACAUCAGCGAAUUCACACAGGGGAGAAACCUCAUAAAUGUAAUGACUGUUGAAAAGCCUUUGGACGAAAGUCAGUCCUCAUGAAACAUCAGCAAAUUCACACAGGGGAGAAACCUCAUAAAUGUAAUGACUGGAAAAGCCUUUGGGCAAAUGUCAGACCUCAUGAAACAUCAGCAAAUUCACACAGGAGAGAAACCCUAUGAAUGUAAUGACUAUGGAAAAGCUUUUGGCCAUAAGUCAGGCCUCAUGAAACAUCAGCAAAUUCACACAAGGCAGAAACCUCAUGAAUGUAAUGACUAUGGAAAAGACUUUUUAUGAAAGUCACACCUCAUACCACACAAGAAUUCACACAGGGGAGAAACCCCAUGAAUGUAAUGAGCGGGGGAAAGCAUUUGGACAAAAGUCAGUCUUUAGGAAACAUCAGAGAAUACACAGGGGAGAAACCUCAUGAAUGUAAUGACUUUGAAAAAGCCUUUGGACAAAAGACAAACCUCAUAUCAUAGCAGAGAAUUCACACAGGAUAGAAAACUCAUGAUUGUAAUAACUGUGGAAAAGCAUUUAGCCAUAAGUCAACCUUCAUCAUGCAUCAGAGAAUUCACACUGGGCAGAAACCUUAUGAAUGUAAUGACUGGCAAAGCCUUUGGACAAAAGUCAAACCUCAUAAUGCACCAGAGAAUGCACACAGUGUUGAAACUUCAUGAGUGUCAUGACUAUGGGAAAACUUUUGGUCUUAAGUUCCAACUCCAACUGCAUCAGAGGAUUCACACAGGGCAAUAACACUAUAAAUGUAAUGGCUGUGGAAAAGCCUUUUUCUAUAAAUUAUACCUCAUAUCAAAACAUAAUUCACACAGGGAAGAAACCUUAUGAAUCUAAUGAGUGUGGGAAAGCCUUUUGUUACAAAUCAUAGCUCAUAUCACAGCAGAGAAUUCACACUGGGGAGAAACUUCAUGAAUGCAAUGACUGUAGAAAAGCCCUUGGCAAUAAGUCACAUCUCAGAAUGCGUCAGAAAAUUCACAUGAAGAGAAACCUUUUGGACAUAAUGACUUGGAAAGCUUUUUCCCAUAAUGCAGUCCUCAUUGCACAUCAUCUAAUUCAUAUGGGGGAAAACACUUUGGAUCUAAUGCAUAUGGAAAAGCCUUUAUCCAUAAGUUAACACCUCAUAAAACAUCAGAAUUCACAUGGGGGAGAAACCUUCUGAAUGGAAUGAGUGUUGGAAAACUCUGCCAUUAUCACACAAUAUAACAUCAGAAAAUUUAUUACAUAAUAGAAAUCUUGUAAUAAGUGUGGGAAACCCUUUUGUCAGAAGUAAUACCUCAUAACACAUGUAGUUCAAACAAGGGAGAGAACUUUUUCCAAAAUCAACAUAACCAUGUGACAGAGCCUUUUGCUGGAAAUUACAUCCCAUACAAUAGGUACUCCCAUAAGGAAGAAAGAUUGGGACCAGUGCUGUGGCACAGUAGGUUAAAGCCCUGGCCUGAAGCACUGGCAUACCAUGUGGGCACUGGUUCUAGUCCUGGCUGCUCCUCUUCUGAUCCAGCUCUCUGCUAUGGCCUGGGAAAGCAGUAGAAGAUGGCCCUGCACCCACAUGGGAGACACAAAAGAAGCUCCUGGCUACUGGCUUCUGAUUGCUACAGCUCCAGCCAUUGCAUCCAUCUGGGGAGUGAACCAGCAAAUGAAAGACCUCUCUCUCUCUCUACCUCUCUCUGUAACUCUGUCUUUCAAAUAAAUAAAGUAAAUUGUUAAAAAAGAAAGAAAGGUUAGAAAUAUUAGUGUGAGAAAAAGCCAUUUGUCAGAAAUUGAUCACUAUACAUCAGAAUUCACACAAAGGGUUUCUUUGGAGUGUAAUGAAUGUGGAAGUAUAUUUUCAUGGUAUUCAGGCUGUCAUAAAUAUGCAACUCAAAAAAGGUGAUAUCCUUCAAGUGCAGUAGAUAUGAAAAACCAUGACCAGAAAUUAAACAGGCUCGCACCAUGGUGCAGUAAGAUAAUCCAGUUCUAGUCCCAGCUGCUGCUUUUCCAAUCCAGCUCUCUGCUGUGGUCUAGGAAAGCAGUGGAAGAUGGCCAAAGUGCUUGGGCCCCUGUACCCAUGUGGAGACCAGGAAUAAGCUCCUGGCUCCUGGCUUUGGAUCAGGGCAGCUCUGGCCAUUGUGGCCAUCUGGGGAGUGAACCAACAGAAGGAAGACCUUUAUCUCUGUCUCUCCCACUGUCUGUAACUCUACCUAUCAAAUUAAUUAAACAUCAACGAACGCCACAGAAUUCAUACAGCAAAAUGUCAAUUUAAUGAAUGUGAAAAAAUUGUUCUGCCAUUAAUCAAUUCACAUGAAGAGACUCAGAAAUGAGAAAACAUACAUGCAUAGAAAAGUUAUAUACCAUACCUCAUCUCUCAAUGGUUACCUGACAACUCACAGAAAGAAAAAAUCCUAUGACUGUAUUGUAAUGGGAAAUACCUUUAUUAUUAGGCAAACUGCCACAAAACAUAGCAAGAUUACAGAGAGAAGUCCCUGAAGUAUAAUUUGUUUGAAAGAAUUCUUUGGUGGAAUCACACCUUAGUAAGUAUUGGAGCAGUUUUCAUGAUGAAUUGUGACAGAGAGUGGUUAACCGUUCUUCAGAAAUUUUUUCUCUUAUACAACCUGUAGUUUUGGUUUCUCAUUAUUGUGAGUGGGAUCAAGUAUAUGAACUGAACUGUACUCUCUUAUGUAAAUUUUGUUAAUAAAUAUCUAAAAGUUGAGUAA